UUUUAAAUUUCAUGUAUGAACCCUUGGUCAAAUGUGCAACAUUUCAGGACUUGAAGAUUGUGUUUUGAAGCCAUCUAUACUAAAUUAUACGCAAAAGAUAAGUUCGCCAGACUAUAAUUUGAAAACACGUAAUCCUCAAGAAGCUGUAGAGGAAAAAUGUAGUAUCCUGUGGGAACUAGUGUCGUGUUUUCAGGACUAUAAAAGAUGUGUGCUUACCAACAGCCUCUCUAUUAAAAUUGACCUGAUAUUUUCUGCUACGGAAUAUCUGUGUAAAGAAGGGAAACAAGGAUUCAUUGAAAACUAUCAAUGUGUGAUGACCAACUCUGUGGGGGAUCAUAACAAUCUUCAGUCUUGUCAGAAAUACUAUCCAGAACUUAUCAACACAGAAAAACGCGAAAUUGGUUCUAAUGUUUUCAGUGACAGGUGCAGAUAUAAUCUACAAAACGAACAGUAA